GGCGUGCCUCUGGCGGAGCGCGGUUUGUAGUUGUGUGUAAGUCUGAUCCGGGAAGGCUCCGGACGUUGCUUGUUCGUGCGCGCGGGCUGUGCAGGCACCGUGGCUACACAGAAAAGAUGGGAGAGGAGGCCAAUGAUGACAAGAAGCCAACGACUAAAUUCGAAUUAGAGCGAGAAACAGAACUUCGUUUUGAGGUGGAGGCUUCUCAGUCAGUUCAGCUGGAGUUGCUGACUGGCAUGGCAGAGAUCUUUGGCACAGAGCUAACCCGAAACAAGAAAUUUACUUUUGAUGCUGGGGCUAAGGUGGCUGUUUUCACUUGGCAUGGCUGUUCUCUGCAACUGAGUGGCCGCACCGAGGUGGCUUAUGUUUCCAAGGACACCCCUAUGUUGCUUUACCUCAACACUCACACAGCCUUGGAACAGAUGCGAAGGCAGGCAGAAAAGGAAGAAGAGAGAGGCCCCCGAGUGAUGGUUGUGGGCCCCACCGAUGUGGGCAAGUCCACAGUGUGUCGCCUGCUGCUCAACUAUGCAGUGCGUUUGGGCCGUCGUCCUACUUACGUGGAGCUGGAUGUAGGCCAGGGCUCUGUGUCUAUCCCUGGUACCAUGGGGGCCCUCUACAUUGAACGGCCAGCAGAUGUUGAAGAGGGUUUCUCUAUCCAGGCCCCUCUGGUGUAUCAUUUUGGCUCCACCACUCCUGGCACUAACAUCAAGCUUUAUAAUAAGAUUACAUCUCGUUUAGCAGAUGUGUUUAACCAAAGGUGUGAGGUAAACCGAAGGGCAUCUGUGAGUGGUUGUGUCAUUAACACCUGUGGCUGGGUCAAGGGCUCUGGCUACCAGGCCCUAGUGCAUGCAGCUUCAGCUUUUGAGGUGGAUGUAGUUGUGGUUCUGGAUCAAGAAAGACUGUACAAUGAACUGAAACGGGACCUGCCUCAUUUUGUACGUACUGUGCUGCUCCCUAAGUCAGGGGGUGUGGUGGAGCGCUCCAAAGACUUCCGGCGGGAAUGUAGGGAUGAGCGUAUUCGUGAGUAUUUCUAUGGAUUCCGAGGCUGUUUCUAUCCCCAUGCCUUCAAUGUUAAAUUUUCAGAUGUCAAAAUCUACAAAGUUGGGGCACCUACUAUCCCAGACUCCUGUUUGCCUUUAGGCAUGUCUCAGGAAGACAAUCAGCUCAAGCUAGUACCUGUCACCCCUGGCAGAGACAUGGUGCACCACCUACUGAGUGUUAGCACUGCUGAGGGUACAGAGGAGAACCUUUCUGAGACAAGUGUGGCAGGCUUCAUUGUGGUGACCAGUGUGGACCUGGAGCAUCAGGUAUUUACUGUCCUGUCUCCAGCCCCUCGCCCACUGCCUAAGAACUUCCUUCUCAUCAUGGAUAUCCGGUUCAUGGAUCUCAAAUAGAGAUCAGCAAGAAGCCUUUCUUUCUGGAGCAUAGAGAUCUUCUGGCCAUCACCAAAGACAAGUGGGCUGAAAUAUGAGACUCUUCUGAGAUCAGCUAACCAGGAAACUAGAUUACUAGAAAACAUAUAUUCUACCUCUUAAAACAGGUGAAAUCCUGAUCAAACCCUGAAUCAAAAGGAGAAACAUGAAAAUAAAAUUCAUCUUAUUAGAUGCCACUUCAAAUUCUCCUAAGACCCUGCAGAAUUACAUUUCUUUCACUUUGCUACCAUAUGGACUUUUUUUUUUUUUUAAAUCACCACUUUAUAUUCCGUAUUAGUACUUGCUAUCUCAUUCAUCCAGGAUGAAAGUGUGAAUUUAGAGGGACUCCUUCUAAUAAACUGCCA